AAAUGAAAAAAGAUAAAAAAGAAACAACAUGGGGCGAGACAAGGAAGUGAGAGUGCAUGUGAAGACGCGUCAUCUUUGUCCACUCCCCAAAACGCGUGGCCCAACUGCCUUCAAUUCCAUCCAUUACCAGUUUACUACAGAGAGAGAGAGAGAGAGGCAAUAUUGAUGGAGGGAGAAGGAAGCAAGAAUGAGAACAAAAACGGCGUUAUCUUGGAGGGUGGAAAUGGUGUUGAGCUAGUGAGAGAAAUGGUGGAGAUGAUACAGAAAGUUGGGACAUACACUGAUUUCAGAAAAACACAGGGGAAAGAGUGUGUCAACCUGGUGAGGAGGUUGAAGCUGCUGACGCCGCUGCUAGAAGAGAUAAGGGAGCUCCAUACCUCCAUUUCUGGUGAGGCAUUCGAUCACUUGCUUGAUUUGAACAAGGCGUUGUUGGCUUCAAAGAAGUUGCUCAAGACCUGCAACUCCGGCAGCAAGAUUUUUCUUGCCCUGGAGAGCGAGGCGGUGAUGAGCAGAUUUCAUCAAGUAUACGACAAGAUUAACCAGGCGCUCAACGGCGUACCUUAUGAGAAGCUUGGCAUCUCUCAAGAGGUUAAAGAGCAGGUAGAGCUAAUGCAUAUGCAACUCAAAAGAGCCAAAAGGAGGACAGAGACGCAAGAUAUGGAGCUGGCGAUGGACAUGAUGGUCGUUUUCACAAGAAGUGACGAGCGCAAUGCAGAUGAUGCUAUAAUAGAAAGAUUGGCAAAGAAGCUGGAGCUGCACACCGCUGCAGAGCUCGCAGCAGAAAGCGUGGCUGUGAAGAAGCUUGUGAAGGCCAAAGGAAAGAAUGCCACUCAUCAAGUUGUAGAGCUUCUGGAAAAAUUCAAGCAGAUUUCUGGAGUUGAUGAAAACAGUGUUCUUGAUGAGCCCGCAUUAGUUAGAUGCCUAGAAAAGAGCAAAUCGUUAUUAAUACCACAUGAAUUUCUCUGUCCAAUCAGUUUGGAAAUCAUGGCAGAUCCUGUAAUAAUUGCCACUGGACAGACAUAUGAACGAGAAAGCAUACAGAAGUGGCUGAAUUCGGGUCACAGAACGUGCCCAAAGACGGGGCAGAAGUUGAAUCACUCGACGGUUGCUCCCAACUUUGCCCUCCGCAAUCUUAUCCUACAAUGGUGCGAGAAGAACAACUACGACUUGCCCAAGAAGGAAGUCUGUGAUGACCCUGAUAUAGCGUCAUCUCCACUUGCUGAGGAGAUAUCUUCGUUGAUCCAGAAUCUGUAUUCGUCAUAUGUAGACGUGCAGAGAGAUGCAAUUAUCAGGAUACGCAUGCUGUCUAAAGAGUCUCCAGACAGUAGGAUCUUGAUUGCCAAUAGUGGUGGGAUUCCUCCAUUGGUUUGUCUCUUAUCGUGCGCGGAUUCAGAAACACAGCAACACAUCGUCACUGCUCUGUUGAACCUAUCACUGGAUGAGGCGAACAAACGGCUUAUAGCUAGAGAAGGAGCUAUACCUGCGAUUAUCAAAAUCUUGAGAAAUGGAACAGAAGAGGCUAAGGAGAAUUCCGCAGCAGCAUUGUUCAGUUUGUCGAUCCUUGAAGAGAACAAAGUUCUAGUCGGCUGCUCCAAUGGAAUCCUGCCUCUCGUAGAUCUCCUGCGGACUGGGACGAACAGAGGGAAAAAGGAUGCUGCAACUGCACUUUUUAGCUUGGUGCUAAAUCAAGGUAAUAGAUCAAGGGCAGUCAAGGCAGGUAUCAUACCGCCAUUGCUGCAUCUGCUUGAGGACAAGACUUUGGAUAUGAUUGAUGAAGCCCUAUCAAUUUUAUUGCUUAUCGCUUCACAAGCUGAAGGAAGGAACGAGAUUGGACGUCUGUCCUUUGUGCGGAAACUGGUGGAAAUAGUACGAGAUGGGACUCCAAAAAACAAGGAAUGUGCCACAGCUGUGAUACUCGAGUUAGGAUCCCACAACUCAUCUUGUCUUCUAGCAGCGCUGCAAUACGGUGUUUAUGACCAUUUGAUAGAGAUUACAAGAUCUGGAACGACAAGAGCACAGAGAAAAGCAAAUUCACUUUUGCAUCUGAUGAAAAAGAAUGAACACAUACCUCACAUUCCCAGAAAAUAGAGGUUCUUGUUAGUUUCAUCCUGUCGCAAAUGCCUUGUUUUUUUGACACAAACGUGUCCGCUGAAAAUGAAGUAUUGAUGAAUACAAAACAAUUAUUUUCAGAAGAA